GAAGCCGGAAGAAACCUUAGGGACACAAUAAAGGACGGACUGAUGGACUACGCUCCGGAAGAGGAUUUCUGGAGCUUGUCCUGCUGGUUCCGGCACUUCUCCGUUCAUCUCCCCUGUCUGUGAGUAGGGUCGGCUUAGCCGCUCCCGCAACUGCACUGGCUGGGCAUCGUGCUCUUUUCGUGAGCCCUCGGGAUAGUAGACUUGUGUGUGAUCUUACCUCCUGGAACUUGAUCCGAGGAUCACUGUCACCUUGCAUCAUGGACCCCGGUCCCUGAAGGGAUCUCCAAUCCAGCCUGGACCCCAGUGCAGACUAAUACGCUUCCAUACAUUUCAGAUUGCAGGGGCUCUCCACUGUCAUUCAGGAGGAAAAUGAACAGAGGAAUAAUUCUGAAGUUGGAAAAUUUGAUGCUGUUUCCCAGUGCUUACAGGCAGCUGCAUAUUUUGUGUCGAAGAAGAGUUUGCUCAGUACAAUGGAACCUUGUGCCCUCAUCUACUUAUCCAGCGUGUACUGUUCAGCUGUACCCUCAAUCCUGGCAGACAAACACAUUCAUCAGUGUUGCUUUAACACAAUGUAGGCUUUUAAGUAUAAAGAAGGGAGAAAGACCACAGAAAUCUAAGUUACCUUGGAAGAACUCUAAAAAGGAUCAGCAGGAGGUAGAGGUAUGGAAUGGAAUGACUGUUGAAGACCUUGCCAGAUCUAUGAAUAAAGACAUAGAUCACGUGUACGAGGCCUUGAUGAACACUGCUCUUGACAUUGACUUGCUUGAGCCCGAGUCACCCUUAGAUGAUGUUUGGAUUAAAGAAGUUUUAAAAAAAUCUGGAAUGAAGUACAAAAGAACCCAAGUAAAACAAGAUAAAGUCAGAGAAAACAAAGAUGCUGUGAGAAGGCCUGAGGCAGAUCCAGCAUUCUUAAUCCCAAGAUGGCCAGUUGUUACCAUAAUGGGUCAUGUUGAUCAUGGAAAAACAACUUUACUUGACAAAUUGCGAAAAACUCAAGUGGCAGCAAUGGAAGCUGGGGGCAUAACUCAACAUAUUGGUGCCUUUCUUGUUUCUCUUCCUUCUGGGGAAAAGAUAACCUUUCUUGAUACUCCAGGACAUGCUGCCUUCUCAGCAAUGAGGGCCAGAGGUGCUCAUCUCACUGAUAUUAUCAUAUUAGUUGUAGCAGCAGAAGAUGGUAUAAUGAAACAAACUGUGGAAUCUAUUCAACAUGCCCAAAAUGCUCAAGUUCCAAUCAUUCUUGCUAUAAACAAGUGUGACAAACCUGAGGCUGAUCCUGAAAGAGUGAAGAAAGAGUUGUUGACUUAUGAUGUGGUUUGUGAAGAAUAUGGGGGUGAUAUUCAGGCAGUACAUAUCUCUGCGCUGAAGGGUGAUAAUCUGAUGGCUCUGGUGGAGGCAACAGUUGCUCUUGCAGAGAUAUUGGAACUCAGAGGAGAUCCCACUGGUCUUGUGGAAGCAAUAGUGGUAGAGUCUCGAACAGAUAAAGGAAAAGGUCCAGUAACUACAGCUAUAAUUAAAAGAGGAACUUUGAGAAAGGGUGCAGUUCUGGUUGCUGGAAAGAGUUGGGCAAAAGUCCGGUUGCUGUUUGAUGAGAAUGGAAAAACAAUCAAUGAUGCUUGUCCCAGCAUGCCAGUGGAAAUUAUAGGCUGGAAAGACCUUCCUUCUGCAGGAGAUGAAAUUCUUGAAGUGGAAUCUGAGCAAAGAGCACGUGAAGUUGUUGAUUGGAGGAAGUAUGCUGAAGAACAGGAGAAACUAAAAGAAGAUUCUAAAGUGAUUGGAACAAAACGGAAGGAACACCAAGAUUCACAUCGUAGAGUCCGAGAGAAGUUAGGAUCUCUGACCUGGAAAGAGAGAGAAUUUAUAAAGUAUCAAGAAAUUAAAAAACAAAACAUAAGACAUAAAGAGAAAACAGAAGAUUUGAACACUCUUCCUAUAAUUAUUAAAGGUGAUGUAGAUGGUUCAGUUGAGGCUAUUUUGAACAUUAUCGAUACCUAUGAUGCUACAGAUGAAUGUAAACUGGAUUUAAUACAUUUUGGAGUAGGUGAUAUUAAUGAAAAUGACAUUAACCUUGCUGAAACAUUUAAUGGUGUUGUAUAUGGCUUUAGUGUGAAUGCAAGCAAAGUUAUCCAGCAGUUAGCUGUGAAAAAAGGAGUCAGAAUUAAACUUCACAACAUUAUCUACCGACUUGUUGAAGAUUUACAGGAAGAAUUGAGCGGUAAACUCACUCCUUCUAUGGAAGAAAAUGUAAUAGGUGAAGCAUCUGUAUUGGCCACCUUCUCUGUGACAGUAGGCAAAAAACAAGUUCCUGUAGCUGGCUGCAGAGUACAAAAAGGGCAAUUAGAGAAAAAGUUGAAAUUUAAGUUAAUUCGUAAUGGAUGUGUUAUUUGGAAAGGAUUAUUAACGUCGUUGAAGCAUCAUAAAGAUGAUGUUUCGGUGAUAAAAACUGGAAUGGAUUGUGGUCUUAGUUUGGAUGAAGCAAAAAUAGAGUUUAAGACUGGAGAUGAAAUUAUUUGCUUUGAAGAGAAAGAAGUUUUGCAGAAGACUUCUUGGGACCCAGGAUUUUGAUUUGUUACAUUAAAAAAAGUAACUGAA